AUGGCUCCUCCAUAUGUUCUCUACAUAUAUGCUCCCACACUAAAUGUCAUCAAAUCUUUUGGAACUCCAAAUGCUCCUAUCGUCAUCAUGCCCACCAAUGUCGCAUUCUCACCUGAAAUCCCUAAAAAAUAUGAAAACAAGGUAUUUGAAGAUUUUAUGGCCUAUCUUACAACAUCUCCACGUUGUUAUGCUCUUGUCGAUGUUGUUGAUCCCUUUCUUCCGCAACAUGUUUGUUAUUUCUAUUAUACUUCUACUUGUGAUGACGUUGGAGUAAUCAUCGGCACAACUGGUGAUGGAAAGUAUACGAUUUCAUUGACUGCAACGAAUAUUUGA